AUCGAUAUAAUGGCGGGCGUGACACACGAUGAGGGCUCAAAACUGUCCAUGCUAUUAUUAUAUAAAGUGAGCGAGAUGACUCUUGAUGCUUUCAAAGAAUGCACACAAGAAUUUAAGGACUGUUUUUACCCGGGUAUAGACCCGGAUAAAACGGUUACAUUUUACCUUAAGGGUGUUAACACUUCCAGCGAAUCGGCCCUCCGGUGGGCAUUUUACGACUUGACAGGCCAUCUCACUAUCACGUGUCCCACAUAUAUGUUUGCCAAACAGUUUGCCCGUAACGUUAAGGCGAACGCGCAUAAUGUUUAUUUCUACCAGCUCACUUAUGUUAGCCCGGUGAUGGCCAAACUGUGUAACUGUGACAUCGCCACCAAGGGCGUUUGUCACGCCACUGACAUGACCUAUGUGUUUGGCAUACCAUUCCAUAUGCCCGAUAUGGCCACACCCGACGACAUCCGGUUUAGCCGUCAUAUAAUGGAGAUGUGGACUAAUUUCGCGAAAUACGGCAAACCCGACGAUAAUUGGCCGCAAUUGUUGGCUAACAAUACAAUUAAUGUGAAAGACUUGAAUCCAGUGAAUACGAGCCGAGUAUUGGAUAAUCCCUUUCUUAGCACUUGUGAUGGCUUUUGGAGGGAUUAUUAUUUGUAA